CAGAAUCGUAGUUAAUUCAAAGUCAAUCACCCUUUCACGCAACCCGGUCCGGGUUCGAACUGCAUCUUUACCUUCAAGGUGGGCACAACGCAGCACUGAUAGGAUGGCCGCACAAGAGGUCCUGGAGUUGAACCAGAAAUUACUCUCAGCAAUUGGUGCUGGGGACUAUGCGACAUAUGAGGCCCUCUGCGACCCCAGCCUCACCUGCUUCGAGCCCGAGGCUGUGGGGCACCUGGUGGAGGGUCUGGACUUCCACAAGUAUUACUUCACAAUGCCAAGUCCCGCCGCCGCGCCCGCCACAGACGUGCCCAAGCCCCACGUGCUCAACACCAUGGCCUCCCCACACGUACGCGUUAUCGGCGACACGUGCGCGGUGGUGUCGUACAUCCGUCUGACCCAGAAGCUGGUGGGCGGCGCGCCCGUGACGGUGCAGGCGGAGGAGACCCGUGUGUGGGAGAAGAAGGGGGAUGGGCGCUGGGUGCAUGUACACAUGCACCGCUCGCUGAUCAAGCCGUGAGGGCUUUGUCGGGUUUUAGGGUAAGCUCCCCGAUCCCGCCAUUCCAGAUCACUUCGUGAGGUGUUCCGAGAGGUGAGCCGCCGCUGCUACUACCGCUACUGCAGCCUGCUGUUACUGCUAUUGUUGCUGAUUUGCUGCUGGUGCUGUGUCUGUGGGAUGGGAGGAUAUGUAGGGAGAGUAGGGCGGACUAGGUAUGCUGUUAUGCUGUCAGCCAGAAGUGAUGCUGGGAAGCCCUGCUGGUUGGCUGGGUAGUGGUUACUAAAACCUUUUUUAAUAACUUGUGAACAUGUAAUGGUUAGGCAGUUGCUGUAAAGAUUACAGCGGCAAAAGCGGUGCGCGGCAACUUUUUGUCAUGGUGUUGUGUGGCGAUGUCACGUGCGACAAGAAAAUGUCCCAAAACGUGUUCUGGGCCGGAUGGACGGAAGGGGGAGGCAUUGUGCUAAUACAAGGGCAUUUAGCUGUACAAGAUAUGGGAACUGAUGUAUCGCAAGACUUUGUUUGCUAACAGUACUGCCUGGUAGGAUAUGUUUGUAUAUUUGCAAGCUAUACCACUGCAUGCACACGGUUUGUGGUGCAAAGUGUACGCCGAGGCCGAGAAAGGUAUUAGUAAAGUGUACCAAUGCCGAAAAGGUAUGAAGAGAUGAGCGUGCGAUUGUACGUGUAGGCUCUGUGUGCGUAUCGUAAGGGCCGGGCUAGAUGCGGCUGCGGCUGCGGCCGGGCACAACUAUAUGGCUCUGGGGCUUUGAACCGAAUGUAACAACAACGGCUUUU